CUGUCAAAUUCAGGUACCCGCUCCCCCCCUCCCUCCCCAAAGGUCCAGGUAGUCCCCCCUGUACUGUCCACAGUCUCUGAAUCAUCAUCCCCUGUACUGUCUGCAGUCUCUGGUCAUCUCCUGUACUGUCCGCAGUCUGUCCUCCCUGUACUGUGUCCGCAGUCUCUGGUCAUCUCCUGUACUGUGUCCGCAGUCUCUGGUCAUCUCCUGUACUGUGUCCGCAGUCUCUGGUCAUCUCAUGUACUAUGUCCGCAGUCUCUUGUCAUCUCCUGUACUGUGCCCACAGUCUCUGGUCAUCUCUUGUACUGUGCCCACAGUCUCUGGUCAUCUCCUGUACGGUCUGCAGUCUCUGGUCAUCUCCUGUACUGUGUCCGCAGUCUCUGGUCAUCUCCUGUACUAUGUCCGCAGUCUCUGGUCAUCUCCUGUACUGUGUCCGCAGUCUCUGGUCAUCCCCUGUACUAUGUCCGCAGUCUCUGGUCAUCUCCUGUACUGUGUCCACAGUCUCUGGUCAUCUCCUGUACUAUGUCCGCAGUCUCUGGUCAUCUCCUGUACUAUGUCCGCAGUCUCUGGUCAUCUCCUGUACUAGCCCACAGUCUCUGGUCAUCUCCUGUACUGUCUGCAGUCUCUGGUCAUCUCCUG